GACGCGAAUGAAUUAUCUAUUCCUACAUUGACUGUUAAUGUCAGCUUGGAAAAUGACGUAGAGAUAAGGUCAUGACCUAAGUACCUUAAAAGGUCAUGUUGCGUAUCUUUGAUUCGUUUUAUUGAGUUGAACUCAUCCAAUGUGCUUUCAUCGCUCUAGCAUGCCCUAAUCAGAAGCUAUCGCAAAAAAACUGCUAAUGACCAUUAAUGACCUAAGAUGACCUCAGGUUUAAGAGUCGGACGUCGUCUCGCCGUCCCACCACCUCUGCCGCCGCCAUGUCCGACAAGACCAAGGCCAGCAACGAUGUGUUCGUCUUGGGUGUUGGAAUGACCAAGUUUGAGAAGCCGGGCCGGCGGGCCGAUUUCGACUACCCGGAGAUGGCCGCUGAGGCGGUGACGAAGGCGCUCACUGACGCCGGAGUCGAGUACACCGCCGUCGAACAGGCCUACGUCGGCUACGUCUACGGCGACUCGACGUGCGGCCAGCGCGCCCUGUACCCGGUCGGUAUGACCGGCAUCCCCAUCAUCAACGUCAACAACAACUGCGCCACCGGCUCCAGCGCGCUCUACCUGGCCUUCCAGGCGAUCCGCGGCGGUCAGACGCACUGCGCGCUGGCGCUCGGCUUCGAGAAGAUGCAGCGGGGCUCACUCAGCUCGCAGUUUUCGGACCGGACCAACCCGAUGGACCGUCACGUGGAGAUGAUGUGCGAAGUCACCGACAUGGAGGCCGGCCCCAUCACCGCCCAGAUGUUCGGCAACGCCGGCCGAGAGCACAUGGCCAAAUACGGCACCACCGAACAGCACUUUGCCAAAAUCGCCUGGAAGAACCACAAACACUCGGUGGACAAUCCGUACUCUCAGUUCCGCGACGAGUACAGUCUGGAGCAGAUUUUGUCAGCACCCACCGUGCACGCGCCGCUCACCAAGCUGCAGUGCUGUCCGACCUCUGACGGCGGUGCCGCGGCCAUCCUCGUCUCCCGCCACUUCUUGGAGCGGUGCGCCGGCGCGGUGGCGCGUGCCCGUGCCGUCCGCGUGCUGGGCGUGCAGAUGACCACCGACCCGCCGAGCUCACUCUCCGAGAAGAGCUGCAUGAAAAUGGUGGGGUACGACAUGACCCGUCUGGCGGCACAGCGUCUGUUUGACCAGGCCGGCCUGACCCCGGCCGACGUGCAGGUGGUCGAGCUACACGACUGCUUCUCGGCAAACGAGCUCAUCACCUACGAGGCGCUCGGCCUGUGUCCGGAGGGCCACGCCGGUCGUAUGAUUGACGACGGUGACAACACGUACGGCGGCAAGUACGUGGUGAACCCCAGCGGUGGGCUCAUCUCCAAGGGCCACCCGCUGGGCGCCACCGGACUGGCCCAGUGUGCCGAGCUCUGCUGGCAGGUGCGUGGUGAGGCGGAAAAGCGCCAAGUGGCGGGCGCCCGGGUCGGUCUCCAGCACAACAUCGGUCUGGGCGGCGCGGCCGUGGUGGCUCUUUACAAAAUGGAGACCGAACAGCCUGUGAAAAGUUCCGGUGUAGUGACCGCUCACAAGGAUGGCGCUGGUCUGAAGUCAACGCCCUACUUCGAGAAGCUGCAGAAGCUGAUUGAACAGGAGGGGAAGGCCAUUGUUGACAAGAUCGGUGGCAUUAUCGAGUUCCGCGUCUCGCCGCCACCGGGCCAUAACGCCGCCCGCUGGACGGUCGACCUCAAGUCGGACGAGCCGGGGGUGUACGCUAACAGUCAGCGCCGCGCCGGCCUGACCCUCGAGCUGAGUGACGCCGACCUGACCCGUCUGUUCGCCGGGGAGCUCAGUCCCGAACAGGCGUACCGCCAGCAGAAAAUGCGGUACAUGGGCGAUACGGGGCUGGCAUUCAAACUGAGGAAUCUGGUGGAGACGCUGCAUGGCUACAGGGCUAAGCUGUAGGUCCGGGAUUGCUUGGCGGGGAGUGAUGGGGAGGAGUGGGGUGCUGACUGGAGAAGGGAGGGGACACAGCUCCGAGUGAUAGGGAGAGUGGGUCGGUCCAACCGCCCGUAUCCCACAUCGGAGGAACAUAUACCCCCCCCCCCCCGGUCCCUCCCCGCUCCGUCGCUGCGGCCGGUGCCGACUGUCAUCGUAGGGGUCUCACUGUCGUGACAAGGGGCAAUGGUAAGGCAUAUGUGGGCGGCCUGGGUGGUUGCCGGGCAGUCUGCUUUACGGCGGCAAUGUUGGGCUAGCGAGACAGCCGAGAGCUUAUGUGAUACAAUGUGCUGAAUUGUAUAUUUGGGUGUAGUGGGUAGUGAUAGGACAGAUCAGCUCAGCAUGCGACACCGGCUUCACAAGACGAGUCGCCUUGUCCAGUCAAUUAUGUACAAUAAUGUGAUUUAACUAUUAGCUAUUGAGAUUGGCCUGCAGAAUUCCGACGCCAUUUUGGAUACAGUCAGUGUGUCAAGGUUGAGUCGUGACCAAAAUAUUUACUGCAGCGGUUAUUCCAUCGUAUGCUGCGCAAUAUGGCACACGAUGCAGCAGAUCCAAACAAUGGUUAUUGUUAUUUGAUAGCGGUUAGCGCCGUUAAUUGUUAUAUAACAGCUAUGAAGCAACUCGGCUUUGCCGGUUGUUUUAGACACAAUAAACAUAUCAAACAAU